AUGAGAAGCGAGGCAAUGACGAGGCCAAGACGGACACAAGAAAGACGGUCGUCAGAUAACGAACAGGUAUCCUCGCCAGCGCGUUCGACCUUACGACUCCUCUCAGACACCGACGAAACUCACCCCAAAAUGCGGCUUGACCCCCCUAAGGCACCAUUCAAUUCAUCAAAUCCGUUCCGAAGCGGUUCCUCCUCUCCUGUCGCCACUCAAGGCUCUGAGGUGAACACACUUUCUGCCGGGCCAGGGGGCAGCAGCGCUGCUCUCAUCCCAGUCACCCCAAUCUCGUCGCGCGAUGCAUCGCCAGCCCCACGCUAUUCAAGAAGGGAGAGUGCCGGAGGCUUGACUCAUGCCGAAAGCAACGUCUCGCUUAGCGUGAAUUAUCUCCCGACCAAAUUCUCUAGCGGGAAUCUCGCCGCUCUCGAGGAGGGCCCACGGCGUCGUGUAGGUCGGAGUGGGAGGGAACGCGAGUUGAGCGAGAGCGGGGUUCCAAAGAUGGGUGGUGGUGUCGAUGCAUUUCGCACUGGCGAGGCCCGGAUCGCAGGACACGCCGAUGAGGACGAAGAUGAAGAGAGUGAUUUGAUGGAGGAUGGCAACAGCAGGAUGUGGUUCGGACGAGGUGGUGGGGGUGGAAUCUCGAAAGGAGUCACCCGUCACCGGAAACCUCUGCGAUGGAAUAAGUUCAAAUGGACCUUGCUCGUCGCCAACUUUGCCUUGACGAUCUACUCUUUCGCUGCUCUCAUCGGUUGUCUUCUCACCUGGUUCAACACGUUCACGUUCUCUGACAUAAUACGUGUGGGCAACCGGCCUGAACUUAUCCUAUCGACUAUAUUCGCUUGCUUGGGAAUCUUCACGUCAUUGGUAGGCUGGGCGGGGAUCCUCCUCAACAACCGUUCCUUCCUGGCUGUAUACACGUUCCUGCUUUGGAUUGUCUUCAUAUUCCUCCUCGUACCAGGGUAUAUGACGUACAAGCGCCGCACGUUCAACCUGGAGGGGAAGAUCAAUGCGCAGUGGUCGCAGGACCUCGGAGCAGAAGGCCGCCUCAGGAUCCAGAACGAGCUUCAAUGCUGUGGAUAUUUCUCCCCCUUCGUUGAGGCUACCGUCAGCCAGACGUGUUACGCGCGGAGCAUUCUCCCCGGAUGCAAACUGGGGUACCUCGUCUUCGAGCGCGGUGCGUUGAAGAGGUGGUACACAAUCGCGUUCAGCAUCGUUCCCUUCCACCUGCUCGUGAUGGUCGCCGGCCUCCUCUGCUCCAACCACGUCACCUACCGGUUUGGAAAAGGAAUGAUGCCCAAGGCGUACCGGCUCAGCAUGACGAGCAUGGCGAUCAUCAUGGACAACUACGCCAAUCAAUUAGCGGAACAGUACGGCGCGGCGGUCGCCUCAGACAUCCUCAAGCGCAACGUCCAGCUCGAUUCAUUACCGGCGAUGCCCAACGAGAAGUCUCCGGUCCGAGAGAACCCCGCCCGGGCCGACCACGAGCUAGAGCGCUCUGCCAAAAAUGGCAACUCCGCCACCAGUUCUGGGGCGGGAUCAGGUUCGGGCUCAGGAGCAGCAGCAGGUUAUACAUAUCCGUCCACGGCAGCGAAUACGACAAAGACGACAUCCGGGAAGGGAUCCCUGAAGUACGAGCCUCUCAGCACACGGGUCCCUUCGAACGAACGGGUCAACGCGAGCCCAGCUGUACAGGGGAAGGAAGGUUGGUUCUAG